CAGAUUUUAGUUGUGCUUAGACAUUCGUUCGAAACGGCUGUGUUGCGGACACACAUUGUGCGUGUGUAUGCGUGUGUGCGUGUGUGGCAGUUGUGAUAAUAAUAAAUAGAUAUCUAAUCGAAACUUGACAGCAGCUACAACAUAAACCCGUUUAUUAAAUACAUAAUAAUGGGAUAUUUGACAUUUACAGAGAUGAAGUCUCUGAUUCUGCUCUGUUUUUGCCUGUCUUAUGUCAGCGCUUACAAUUUGUCUCCCCGCCCAAAUCGGGAGAUCAGAGAUCCACAAUUUGUGACAGUGAUGCCGAAAGUGCGUGCGUCAUAUUUCGGUUAUAGCAUCAGCUUGAGACCCAACGGUGUUAUAGUGGGUGCUCCUCAGGCACAGUCCACGUUGGAGGCCCAGAGUAAUGUGAAUGAGACGGGGGCGAUCUACAAGUGUUCGUUGUUGAACGGCACCUGCAGUCCAUAUGUUUUCGAUAGGCAUGGCAAUCGGAACAAUGAGCGGAGUGAGUACACAUGGGACUCGGAGCGAAGGGAUUAUCAGUGGCUGGGGGGAUCGAUGGAUGGCGGUACUAAGGACACGGACAAGCUUCUCGUCUGUGCGCCCCGAUUUAUAGCGCCCUCAUCGAAAGAUUACCAUAUGCAUGGCAUAUGUUACUGGGUGGCCGAUACACUUGGCGAGCAGCCGCAGAAUAUAACAAAGAUAUCGCCGCUGCGACUCAAAUCGGACCAGGUGAAGGAGGAAAACGAUCACAGAUACUACUACUAUAUACUGGCUGAGCAGGGACUGAGUGCUCAUGUCUCAGACGACAAUGAGCAGUUCCUGAUUGGAGCACCCGGUAUUCACACCUGGCGUGGUUCCGUCAUACGCUACCGUAAGGAAUCCCGGGUGGACGAUCCUUCAGCGAGUCGUCGGGACACUAGCAGUCAACUUCGAGAGAAAAAGAAAAGAGCAGGCGGUGAUUACAUCGACUACUCACCCGAAGUCACUUACAAGGUGGAUAUACCCAAUCCGGCCUCUUUUAACCAGUCGGACGACUCGUACUUCGGCUACUCCGUCGGCUCGGGUUACUUUGACAGCCAGGAUCUGAAGCGUCUCCUGUAUGUGGGCACUGCACCACAGGCUAAUGAGCAGUCCGGUGAAGGUUAUAUCUACGAUUAUAAGGGCAAUACCAUUGAGAAAAUUCACGUAUUCCGCGGAGAACAGUUUGGCGAAUACUUUGGCUAUGCGGUUCUGGCCGAGGAUCUCAAUGGGGAUGGACUCACCGAUGUCAUAAUAUCAGCACCUCAGCAUUCUUUCGAAGAAUCGCACGAUAAUGGCGCAAUUUAUGUGUUCCUCAACAAGGGAUGGUUCAACUUCGAGUCCAAGGUGAUCCGCUGUCCGUUGCCAGUUACCGCCAAGGCACGUUUCGGCACUACACUCUCCCGACUGGGCGACAUUAAUCACGACGGCUACAACGAUAUUGCUGUCGGGGCUCCAUUCGCGGGCAAUGGCUCCGUGUUUAUUUACCUGGGAGGGGAGCAGGGACUGCGGGAUCAGUACAGUCAGCGGCUGGACUCGCCCCAGAAACAGGCCUCCAAGUACGGCACUCACAUGUUUGGACAUGGAUUGUCGCGUGGCUCCGACAUCGAUGCGAACGGGUUCAAUGACUUUGCAAUUGGGGCGCCCAAUGCAGAGGCAUUGUUCCUAUACCGCGCCUAUCCCGUGGUCAGGCUACAGGCCAGCGUCAGAUCCCAGAAUCGGGAGAUAAAACCCGAGCAGAAUCGGGUGCAGAUCACUGCUUGCUAUGGACUUACAACCACAUCCAAAGCGGCCUCUGCCCAGCAACAGGAGAUGGCCAUGAGGAUCGUGAUCGAUGCCAAGCUGAAGCGGGCCAAGUUCUCGCAGUCGCAGUCCCACGAGCUGAGCUUCAAUGCCACGGCGGGAACAACACAACAAUGUCGGGUCUUCGACUGUGAGGUGCGCUACAGCGAGAAGGACAUAUUCCAACCCAUCGAGCUCGAGAUGCACUUCGACCUGACCAAAAAGGUGCCCGACUCCGAAGAGUUCUGUGAGACGUGUGUAGCUGUGGAUCCAGAGGAUGCCAAAGUUUACACUGAGAAAAUCAUUUUCAGCACGGGCUGUGCUACUGACAUUUGUAUUGCCGAUCUGAAGUUGACGGCAAAGGAUCUAAGCUCCAGCUUUGUACUUGGAAGUGCGAAGGUUCUGCGAGUGACCUAUGAAGUAAGCAACCAGGGAGAAUCCGCUUACCUCCCUCAACUCAACGUGACUAGCUCCCAUCGCCUGAACUUUGCACAGACACCUGGAAAUUGCAAGGUCAGUGAGGCAGUCAUGAUCUGUGAUCUGAAUAAUGGACGACCACUGGGUAAAGGCGACAAGGAUAGCAUUACCAUAAGCUUCGAUGUGAGCAGUCUCACGGGAAGAGCUCUGAACAUCAGUGCUGAGGUGUUCAGUACUGGCUCUGAGAAGAAUCCCAGUGACAACAAGCUGGAAAGCCUGAUUGCUCUCAAAGAGUACACAGAAAUUGAUGCCUCUGGUGGACAGACCAGUGCACAAAUCGACUUGGAGCAUUAUAAGAACUCGGCGGACAUAACCAACAACUAUGAGAUUAAGAGCAAUGGUCCCAGCACAAUCGAUGGUCUCGAGAUAGUCUUUCACAUUCCCGUUGCCUAUAAAAUAUCUGGCUCCACAGCCACCAUUCCGAUCAUCAAUGUAGGCAAUCUCAGCAUGCAGGCAACCUAUGAUUCACAGCUGGUUUCUAUUGAGCUGCUGGAUCAGAACAACACACAAAUCUUAAUGAACACCAUUGAGGUCUCCUCCACUCGCAGCAGCACCGAGAGGGUUCUAAUCAGCCAGAAUGGAGCUCACUAUGAUUCCAGCACCAGUGGACAUGUGCACGAAAGUUGGCAGAGUUUGGACUCGGAUUCCGUGGCCACUGCCUCUAUGAGCCGCAAGCGACGCGAUCUUAAAGCUUUAACCGCGAAUCGAGAGCAAUAUGCUCGAAUUUCGAAUAUCAAGGCUCACGAUUUACUCAGCGAGGACUUCAAGGGCAAGUUGCCCGUGAAUCGGACCAUUGUGUUCAACUGCAGGGAUCCCCAAAUGACCAUAUGCCUGCGUGCCGUGAUGCGGAUCUACAACUUUAAGCCGGAGAAGCCAGUCAAUCUGAAUAUGCGCUAUAGCGUCGAUCUGAAUGAGAUAAAUGCCAUCCUAAUUGAUCCCUGGGAGUUCUUUGCCAUUCUCAUCGAUCUCAAUGUGCGCAAGGAGGGCGAUCCUCUAGGAUCUUCGUUAAACAUCAAGCGCAAAAUUGAUCCGAACGUUAUAUCCAAGCAUUUGGUGAAGAGUUUACCAAUCUGGAUUAUUAUUGUGUCCGUGCUCGCUGGUGUAUUGGUGUUGGCUGCCAUGACUUAUGGCAUGUAUAAGCUGGGAUUCUUUGAGAGGCAUAAGAAGGAUGAGCUGGACAAGCUGGUGCAACAGAGUCCUGUCGAGCCCGAGGCUGAGAACCUUAACAGUGACAAUAACUAAGCUCAACAUUGUGAUAAUAAUAAUGUAUUUAAGCUACAUACGACAUCACAUUUUAAAUGGAGGUUGGAAGAGAAUCGAUACCAAACCCAAAUACGAAAUAUGAAAAUCAUAUACAACAUUAGUAUAUACAAAAACAAUAUAUCGACUAGUGUCAAAAUCAAUAGAUUGAUGUCUUUGUUACAGUAAACAAACACACAAAAACAAUAAUAUAGGAGUAAAUGAUUAUCUAGUGCCGCAGAGCAUCGAAUGCACCUGUGGGUUUGAUUGAAAAUGAUAAAGAUAAAGAUGGGAGCUAGUGCCUUGUAAUUUGUUAUUUUAUUGCAACUAAUUUAUGUACAGAUUAACUUGUAUUCAAGUCAAGCCAUAUUGCCAUUAUAUAUAAUUAUUUAUAAAAUAUUUCAUAUAAGAAUAAUUGUUUUUAUAGCUUUUUCUUAGUUUUAAGCAUAAAUGGCAACGAAAAAGACUUGAAAUUUGUAUACUAUGUGAAAAGAAAAUGAAAUCUAAAUACAUCCAAUACAAUAACAUAUAUUGUACACAAAAAUUCAUCCUAGUAUAGCAUAUAGUAUGAGAAAGUAUUAAAUAAAUGACUUUUUAAUUGACAAACU